AUGGCAAUCGUGGCAGGGCAUACCGACACGGAGGUCAAGCUGUUCGACAUCAUGGCAGGGCUGUUCGAAAUCGUGGCAGGGCACACCAACACGCACGUCAAGGUGUUCAGAGUCGUGGCAGGGCACACCGACACGGAGGUCAAGGUUUUCAAAAUCGUGGCAGGGCACACCGACACAAAGGUCGAGGUGUUCAGAGUCGUGGCAUGCCGCAACGACACGGAUUUUCAAAUUGUGGUCAAGGUGUUCGAAAUCGUGGCAGGGCACACCAAGACAGAGGUCAAGGUGUCCGAAAUCGUGGCAGGGCUCACCGACACGACGGUCAAGGUGUUGGAAAUCGUGGCAGGGCACACCGACACGACGGUCAAGGUGUUCGAAAUCGUGGCAGGGCACACCGAUACGAAGGUCAAGAUGUUCGAAAUCGUGGCAGGGCAGACCGACACGGUGGUCAAGGUGUUCGAAAUCGUGGCAGGGCACACCGGCGCGGAGGUCAUGGUGUGUAAAAAGCCGGGCGCACCGAUACGGAGGUCAAGAUAG